CAUCGUCCCCAUCAGCCCUGCAGGAGGCCAAGGUGCCCCUCAUCAAUGUCAAGCUCUGCAAUAGCAGCCAAUGGUACCGAGGGGCCAUCAAGAGACACAACCUCUGCGCUGGGUACCCGCAGGGUGGCAUCGACACCUGCCAGGGUGACAGCGGCGGUCCCCUCAUGUGCCGGGAGAAGCGCGCCAACUUCUACUGGGUUGUGGGGCUGACGAGCUGGGGCCGCGGCUGCGCCAGGGCCAAGAAACCGGGGGUCUACACCUCGACGCAGCACUUCCACGACUGGAUCCUCUACCAGCUGAGGACGUUCCGCUCCGCGGCAGCCUCCGCGACGCCCCCGACAUGGAGCCACCAGCACGUCUCCCAUACCCCCGUCCAGGAGACGAUGCCGGCGCCCACGGCCUCGAGCACCAGUGGCUUCUGCUACUUCCCAGUCCGGGUGCUGUUGGAAUUCAUCACUCGGGUGCAGGAGUUGCUGCAGGCUCUAAGGGGGGAGAAGUCUUGA